AUGGCAGUGCGGGGUGUGAGAGCCCUGAGUGCUUCUCCUGUCACAGUGUCUACUGGUCGGGGUGGUAGGUCCUCCACCAACUCGCAUACUGUCACUGUUUUUGGGUCGACCGGGAGAAUGGGUCGCUUCUUGAUAAACAGUCUGGGGCAGUCUGGGUCACAGCUUAUUCUGCCACAUAGAUGUGACACUCACACCAUCAAUCCAUUGAAGAUGGCAAGUGAUCUGGGACAACAACAUCAAGUUUAUACUCCUGAUUUUAACGAUGAGGCUCAUCUUGAGGAUCUUGUUAAAUAUUCUGAUGUAGUUGUCAACCUUACAGGAUCACACCGACCGAGACUACACCACAGUUUCAAAGACAGUAACGCGACCCUGACCCACAAAAUAGCCCGGGCCUGCAAGAACGUCGGGACUCCCUGUUUCAUCCACAUGUCUCACAUCAACGCUAGCUAUGACUCACCGUCACAGUACCUUAAAACCAAGGCACUUUCUGAGGAGAUUGUGCUCCACGAGCUGCCCAACUCUGCUAUUAUAGUUCGUAGUGCCGACUGUUUCCACGCCUGGGACGACUUUACUCACUAUCUUGCACGUCUAAAUUCUCGCAAACGACUCGUGCAAAAAGGACGUACUCAGAUCUACAAGAGAGGGAUAUUCACGUACAAACAACCAGUGUUCGGGCCUGACGUGAUGAAAGGUGUGGCCAGAAUUAUAUCUACACCUGACCAAGAUAGGCAAAGAUUGUACCAGUUUGUCGGCCCCAAACUCUACUCUCUUCACGAGUUCAUGCAGUCUAUCACGGACAUUACCUUCCGUAUGUACCAACCGAUCUUCAACCCUGUACGGCACAUUGUUGAGGCCAACAUUGCGAGAUAUGAGAACUAUAUUCGGUACCAGAUGGUAACUGAUAAACCCAUAAACGGCCUCCCUGGACUGGAAGAUCUCGGUAUUAAACCCUCUGUCUUCGAGGAUGAAGCCCUCUUUUGGCUAAGGAACUACAGAAUAUUCUGGCAGACUUGGGACCCACUGGAUGGUCAGAAAUCUGAUAUCUAUAACAACUCCAUGGGUACCGGGGAGAACCUUUAG